AGAUGAGGUCUGUAGUCGUCUGGCUUGCUGUGCUUGCUGCGGGCUGGCAGAGCAGAGUGUUGGCACAGAAUGAUGUCGAUCUUUCGGCCUGGGAGGCAUUGUCUCCUUGCGUGAUACAAUGUUUGAAUCAGACGCUGUUGCGAUACGACUGCUCUCCAGAACAAUCAUGCUUCUGCGACAACAACAACCGACUGCAGACCGAAGUCGAGGCCUGUCUGAUAUCAUCUGCCUGCUCCUUCGCCCAUCAACUGGCCGCAAAGAAGUUUCAGACUAGCACAUGCCAUGUUCCCGUACGAGACAGAGGCACUCUUCUGGCCGCCGUGGCCUACACCUUCUUCGCUGUCGCCGCUGUGUUCACAAUCUUCCGGUGCUGCUCGAGAUGGUCCAAGUUCAACGGAGCGGGAUUCAGCCGCGACGAUUUGGUUGCAUUGAUAUGCUUGGCUCCAUUGACAGUCAUGACUGCUGGCGACUAUUUUGCAAUACACUACGGCAAAGGCAAGGACAUUUGGGGUUUAACAGCUACGGAUGUGGAACACUUCAGCAUGUGGUCCUACAUCUGCACCAACAUGUACACCUUCGUCAUCUUUGGAACCAAGAUCUCGCUUGUCUUACUCUACCUGCGAACCUGGCACGCCCGCGACACCUUCCGCAACCUAUGCUGGCUUACCCUUAUGCUGCUGACUUCUGCUCUUGUUGCAUUUCAAGUGGUUGCGAUCGCUCAAUGUCUGCCGAUAGCAUCGCAAUGGCAGACAUUCGUGCACCCAAAUGCCCAAGGCAGCUGCAUCGAUCGACAGACCUGGGUGUGGGCACUGGCAGGAGUGGGAAUCGGCUUCGAUGUUCUUCUUAUACUUCUGCCGAUUCCAAAGCUGCGUCAAUGGAAAGUUUCACAGCCGAAAAGACUUGGCUACGUUGGACUGUACAGCAGCAUCGAGGCUUAUCUCAGCCAAAACCAAGUCCGCCUAGAAAUCCACGACCCACCACGGGAGCCCGUGAAAGCCUAUCUCACAUACCUCGACAGAUUCGACGGCAAACACGAUGUCGAGCUACAGGGCCGCCCACAAACCUCCCGCGAUCCGAAAUCCCGCAGUCCAAGCGACACCUCAACUCGACCCAGCACCUCACCCGACUCCCGUUACAGCACCGACGGAAUCCCCUUCGUAGGAAGAAACAACCUUCCAAACCCCAGCCUGAACAACAACAACAACAACAACAACAACAACAACAACAACAACAACACUCUCCACAAACAGACUUCCGCCAAUAGAAUCGAUCAAUUGUUGAAAGCGCACAAAGCUUUGACCGAGGGUGCGAAAGCUGAGGAUGUGAGGAAUAGUUUUGGGGUUGGGAGCAAGACUUCGCGAUUGUCUGAGGCGAUUGAGGGGGAUGAUGUAUGAUCAAAAGGCAAGCGAGUCGUUUUGUUAUUGUAUAAUGAUGAUGAUGACGAUGAUGAUGAUGAAAAAAGGAGGAGGAGAUUGUGAGCGAAAGAUGUAUUUGAAAAACAAAGUGCUACUCUC